AUGAUGACAGUUGCUCUGCGAUGCACUUGGAGCACUUGGAGUGCAGUCAUCAACCUCACAUCCAGGGCCGGGGAGCUCAGCCUCUCCAGCGCGAUCGCCGCGGCACGCGCCGAGCUCACACGGGCGGCCAAGCCGCUUCCGCAGCGCGCGAUCCCCGCGUACGCCGCCUACGUCAAAGAGAUGAUGAGCAAGCGGCCGCUGGGCGUCUCGACGCCAGAAUACUUCAAGACGCUCGGUAGCCAGUGGUCGGGCAUGGGUGACGCCGAGAAGGCAAAGUAUGCCGCGGCGCGACCAAAGGCGCCGCCGGCCGGCAAAGGCGCAGGCGCGAUCAAGCUGACGGCGGCGAGCACCGACAGCCUCGCCAAGGCGCUCAGCAAAGCGGUCAUCGGCGGGCUGCUGGCGGACGUGAAGGCCGCCGCCGACGCCCCGAGCGGCGCAGCGCGCUCGCUGCUGCUCGAGGGCGGCCGGCUCAAAGUAGAUAGCGUCGAUGCAAAGGGCCGCAUCGCUCUCACCCUGCUGCCCAGCAAGGCCAAGGAGUGA